ACAUCAAAAACCAAACUGGCCUCUUUGGUAUUUGAAACCGACAAAGCCUACUAUAUAGGUGGGAUUAGAACGUCUUUAAACGGGCCCACUUUGGUAUUCCAGGUGUAUAUAUACCCACGCGCCUGACGGAGAGGUUCAGAAAAAUACAAAGCAACAAGAGCCGUCGCAGAGAUCCGAGCGAGCAUAGAGUAGAUCAAAAAAAAAAAAAACAUACCAACAUGGUGACCCUAGAAAACCUACGCCGCAUAUAUGGCCAUGUCGUGGAGAGGGCGACCCUGGCGCGCGACCUCCUGGCCCCCGCCGCCGGCCAACUCUCCGGCAAUCUGCACAGCCGUUGUAUUCUGGCCCAGCAACUCGACCUGUCCUUCCCCGAGAAAGACGACGACUUGCGUGCCGAUCUGGAGAAGUUCGGCGCCAUUGAGGCGAUCGCUUUAUGCCGACACCUGUUCAUGGCGGUGAUUGUCUUCAGGGACGAAGCGAGCGUGCCGGUCGCUUUCCGGAGGCAAGAGGAAAUAUCAUCUGGGCUGUACAGCGCCGUCCCGCCUCCCCACCUUGCGCUCUCCACGAGUUUUAUUCAUCCAAACAGUAUCAAGGUUAAUUUGUACUCCAACACAUCAACUGCGUCGUCUGGAGAUUCAACUGCAAAACAUAGCACGGAGCCAACUACUACAGAGGCAGCAACAAGCAUCGGACAAUCAAUGAUGCCGCUAUGGAUGGAAUCGAGGCCAGCGACUGUGUUCCAAAACUACCUUGGCGAUGGCAGUCGGUUCGUGCCAUCAAGGAGGUCACAGAUUUAUGGGCCAACACUGGGUGCAGAUGGUCGCUUGUGGAUGGAAGGCUUCAACAUUGUCCAGUGUGGAAAUUACGCACAAUCAGUACCUACGGCCAUACCAGUUGCUCAGGUGCCUCAGCUACUUUACCAGUCAGAGGAUGAACUAGCGGCGAGGCGAACACGCAGUCACAUCACAAUCUCAUCGUCAGUUGGGUCCCCUAUAAACCCGCUCCAGCGCUCUCCGAUCAGAGCGACUCCAUUGCGAGUCGGUUCAUACCCCCGGUCGACAGAGGUGUCCGUCUGUACUGCUGUGAAUAUAGGUUCGGCUUUUCCGGCCAUUAUGAUCACGACCCGAAAAUAGUAGCUCAAAGCACGGCCGGACACGAAAUUUGUCUUUACCAAUUUAUCUUUACCACGCUUCUGUUUCCCUAACAACUUGAGGCUUGUCCCCUUAAAUAUUUCUUGAGUGUC